CAUCUUGCAUGAGACUCAUCAGCGCAGCCUCACGCUCUCCGCCAUGCUACAUCUGCAAAUGGAGAGCGGGAGCGACAACACGUUCCUCUAUACAACUCAUUACCGGCCAUGCUCCUCCGGACCUACCGCCGCUCACGCAAACGGCGCCUCCUCCGCGCCCUUUUGUACCUCACCCUCGCAGCCCUGACCUACGACCUACUAACUAUCCUCAAACACUACCGUGCAUUCUCACGCACCCUCCUUUCCCACACGUACAGCGACUUCUCGGACCUACCGUCCCCCGUGCAGAACCAAAAGAUCUUUAUCGUCGCUCAAUUCUGGACAAAUGCUGCAGUCAUCCACGACCGCUGGGGCCAGGCUCUCAUCGACCUCGUCGGCGUACUGGGCAAAGAGAAUGUAUACGUAUCCAUUUACGAAAGCGGAAGCUUAGAUAACACUAAAGACAUCCUACGCGUCCUUGACGGCGUCCUCGCCGAGAACAACAUCCCUCGGACUAUCAUCCUCGACCCGACCACCCAUGCCGACGAAGUCAAUGCCGGCCCACUCGACGACCUGGGAAACCCACGACCGGGAUGGAUCCAAACGACAACCGUAGGCGUGGGCAAAGAGAUGCGCCGCAUUCCUUACCUCGCGCGCCUACGCAACAAAUCGCUCGAACCGCUCUUCAAUCUCAAAUCCCAAUCCCCCAGUCAAACCUUCGACAAAAUCCUGUUCCUCAACGACGUCGUCUUCCGGCCCAGUGAUGUCCUCUCCCUCCUAGCCACGAACCAAGGCUCCUACUCCGCCGCAUGCGCGCUAGACUUCCACUACCCACCCGCAUACUAUGACACUUUCGCCCUGCGAGACUCCGAUGGCUACGGAACGCUCACCACGACAUUCCCAUACUUCCGGUCCCAAGUCUCUCGCGAGUCGCUGCUCUCCGGCCACGCAGCGAAAGUCCAGUCCUGCUGGAACGGGAUGAUCGCCAUCGACGCGGGCCCGUUUUACGAGGGUCUUCAAUUUCGCGCGCUAUCUGACAGUCUGGCCAGCAAGCACCUCGAGGCCAGCGAGUGUUGUCUGAUCCACACAGACAUGACAGCCAUGAAACUCGGCGGGAAUGGCGUCUAUGUCAACCCCGCUGUGCGCGUUGGGUAUACGAUCCGCGCGUACAACUUGACCCACGACGGGCCGGAGCGAAAAUUUGUCUCAGGAACACAGUAUGUCAAGGGGGUAUGGGCGAAUCGGGUUCUGCGAAAUGUAGUGCCCGCGGUGUCAGAAAUGAUGAAGGAAGUCGGGCGGAAAGUCGAGCGGUGGAAGAAAGAGGGCGCGAAUUCGCUGGAGAAGCGCGAGGAGACGGGUGAGCUUUGUAUCAUUGACGAGCAGCAUAUUUUGAUCUGGAAUGGGUGGAAGCACGUCUGAAAAGCCCUGAGCCGUUUGGUUUGCCGGGCCAUUUUGAAGCACGAGUACGGCGUAUAGAGUAAACCUGGUAGAUAUAGAAGACGAAAUGGACAUAUGCUUACUGCCUG